AUGAAAAGUAAACUGUACGUACCGGGCGUCGGUCAAGCUGGAGUUAAUCAACUUGGUGGAGUUUUUGUUAAUGGUCGUCCAUUACCUGAUCAUGUUCGUCGGCAAAUUGUUGAAUUAGCAUUAGUUGGUAUACGUCCAUGUGAUAUAUCAAGAAAAUUACUUGUUUCACAUGGAUGUGUUUCGAAAAUUUUAACAAGAUUUUAUGAAACAGGUUCAAUUCGACCAGGAUCGAUUAAUGGUGGAAAUGGUCGGCAUUCAAAAAAAACAUAUAGUACUCGUAUUGAAAUGAAUAAAUGCCAGAAUGUUGGUGUUUCUCCUCCAUCAUCAUCAUCAUCAAAUAAAAUAGUUGAUAAUGAAGAAUCAUCAUCAGUUCGAAACUAUCAUUCAUUUCCAACAAGUCCUGAUCAUCUUCCAUCAAAUUCCUAUUCAACAUCUCGAUAUUUUUCAUUUCAUCAUCAUAGUCAAUUUUUCUUCCAACAUCAACCACCACCCAAUCCAUCCUCGGAUGAGAUUGAUGCAUCUGAUGAUGCAUCUGAUGAUGAUGAGGAUCAAGAUGAUGAAGAUGAAGAUAAUAAUUCAAUCAUAUCAGUAGACACCAAACCAAGUACAUCAUCAUCAUCACUUAUAAAACAUUCAAUUGAAAAUAUUUUAUCAAAUAAAGUCACAAUAAAAACUAAACGACCAUUAUCAUCAUCAUCAAAUUCAUCAAAUAAUGAACAACCAAAUAAUAAACGACAAAAAUCUAUUGCAUGUUAA